AUGGUAGGUAUCAUUAUCAACUCCAAAAUGAGAGCCUACGCAUUCCUCCUCUUCGCAGUCAUCGGUAUCAGCCUCGUCCAGGCGGACUCGGUAAAGAAUCUCAUCGACAAUGUCCACAGUUUCCUGAACGACUAUAAACUUGAUCUGAUAAAUACUCAGCGCAAUCUCAUAGAUGAAUAUAAAAGCAAAAGGAGAAGCGCUGUUGACUUCGCUAGCGCUAGUGUUCAACAACUGGCACCACUCGUUGCGGGAGCUCGGGCGAAUGGGAAAGAUGUAGAAAAAUGCAUAAAACCACUGAAUUCAAGAACCAAGGCGGCUCUGAAAGAAGAUCUCGAUGAGCUGAAGUCGUGCUUCAACCAACAUGUGCCCAACUAUGCAGACAUAACUAGAAAACUUGGCGAUCUACUGCGGGAAGAGAAAAAAUUUCGAACAGAUUUUGAAAAAAUUCAAAAGGAAUGUCAGAACAAGAGGUUUCCAGGGUUGUGCAGUGGCUUGCGUGAGGACACACUGACCACUUACGUUAGAUCAUGGAGAAACCAGGCAGAAAGACUGAAAAGAACUGAGAAGUGGGAUAGCUCUGUGGCUAACAAGAAAAUUGAACGAUGCAAUACUGCAUCGUAUCUCAAAUUGGAGAAACAAUUGAGCUCUUUCAACAGAAACGCUCGACGGUGUGUUACUGCUCUACCUGUUCGACCUACGACUACUCAGAAACCAAUGGCUUCUGUAGCUCCGACGACGACUACAGCAUCUACUCCGACAGCUGUGCCUGUAACGACUGCUGUACCUACAACCACUGUUGCCUCUGUAACUUCUUCUGCACCCAGUGCCCCUGAUGCCCCUACAACAACUGGUGCAUUCACUACCACUGCUGUCCCUAUAACGACGACUGCACCCACCAUGACCGCUGUACCUGAAGCGACUGCUGCUCCCACUACCACUGAAGCCCCUAUAACUACUGCUGCAUCCGACACCCCCGAUGACCCUGCAACGACCGUUGUACCUAUAAUCAGGGAUGUACCUAUCACUGCUGUCCCUGUGACGACUGCCGCCCCUGUAACGACUGCUGUCCCUACUACCACUGCUGCCGAUGUAACCACUGCUGCAGAAGUUACGACGGCUGCACCCAACACUACUGAUGCUCCUACAACGACUAUUGAACCUACUACCACUAUUGCCCCUAUAACUACUGCUGCCCUUACCCCUGUAACGACGGCUGCACCCACUACUACUGUUGCAAUUGCCAUGACUGAUGUGCCUACAGUGACUGCUGCAUCCGAAACCACUGUUGACCCUAUAACUACUGAUGCAUCCAACCCCACUGAUGCACCUACUACCAUUCCUGCCGAUGUAACGAAUGCUGCUGAUGUAACGACUGUUGCACCUACUACUACUGCUGCAGAUGUAACGACUGCUGCACCUACUACCGCUGCUGCAGAAGUAACGACUGUUGCACCUACUACCACUACUGCCGAUGUAACGACUGUUGCACCUACUACCGCUGAUGCCGAUGUAACGACUGUUGCACCUACUCCCGCUGAAGCCGAUGUAUCGACAGGUGCACCUACUACCACUGCUGCAGAUAUAACGACCGUUGCACCUACUACAACUGCUGCAGAUGUAACUGCUGUUGAAUCUACUACCACUGCUGCAGAUGUAACGACUGUUGAACCUACUACCGCUGCUGCCGAUGUAACGAUGGCUGAAUCCACUACCACUAUUGCGCCUGACAUGACUACUGUACCCGCAGAGACUGCUGCACCCACUGCCACUGCUGCUGAUGUAACGACUGUUGCACCUACUACCACUUUUGCAGAUGUAACGACCGCUGCACCUACUACCAUUUCUGCAGAUGUAACGACUGUUGAACCUACUACCACUUCUGCGGAUGUAACGACCGUUGCACCUACUACCACUUCUGCAGAUGUGACAACCGCUGCACCUGCUACCACUUCUCCAGAUGUAACGACCGCUGCACCUGCUAUCACUUCUCCAGAUGUAACGACCGUUGCACCUACUACCACUUUUGCAGAUGUAACGACUAUUGAACCUAAUACCACUUCUGCAGAUGUAACGACCGCUGCACCUACUACUACUUCUGCAGAUGUAACGACCGCUGCACCUGGUAUCACUUCUGCAGAUGUAACGACUGUUGAACCUACUACCACUGCUGCAGAUGUAACGACUGUUGCAUCUACUACCACUGCUGCAGAUGUAACGACUGUUGAACCUACUACCGCUGCUACCGAUGUAACAACGGCUGAAUCCACUACCACUAUUGCACCUGACAUGACUACUGUACCCGCAGAGACUGCUGCACCCACUGCCACUGUUGACCCUAUAACAACUGCUGCAUCCGACGCCACUAGCGACCCUGUAACGACUGCUGCACCCACAACGACUGUUGAGCCUACCGCGACUGCGGUACCUACUGCGACUGAUGAAUCUACUACCUCUGCAGCCCCUACAACUACUGCUGCAUCCGAUAUCACGAGUGACCCUGCAAUGACCGUCGCGCCUACUGACCCCGCUGACCCUGUAACGACCGUUUCACCCACUGAAACUGCUGCCCCUGUAACGACAGCUGACCCUACUACCCCUGAUACUCCUACCACGGCUGAUGCAGAAAGUACCGCUGAUGUCAAUGCAAUGACCGUCGCACCUACUACCACUACAGACGCUGCAACAGAGGCUGCAGCUACUACCACUACAGACGCUGCAACGGAGGCUGCACCUACUACCACUACAGAUGCUGCAACGGAGGCUGCAGCUACCACCCCUGUUGUCUCUACAACGACUCCUGAAGAAACUCCGACGGAUGUUCCUCCAACCACAACUGAGGAACUACCAACGUAA